AUGUUCCUCUCCCGCUUCUUCUUCAUUCUCCUAUCUUCCUUGGGUUUCUUCACCCUCUCUUUCGCCGCGGCCGUCCCCCGUGACUGGAACGAAAAAUACCACCACCCACGCGUCCUGGUGCCCCAAUCCUACUACGAAGUACUUCGUCUCCGCUCAACAGCCUUUCUCAACUCGCGCUUUAUCGCGACAAAUAUCGUCUGUUUGGAUCGCUCCAAGAGAAUCCCCACAAAGGAUGAAUCCACUUCCCUCCUUUCUAUCUGCCCUUCCUUCUCGACUUCCCCCUCGGCAACCGCGAAGUGCGGCAUUUCCCAAAGGGAAGUGUCGGCGAGGUCCGGUGCGGCUGAGAUCAAGUUGCAGGCUGUGAGGGAGAAUGAGACGGUCGUGUCGUUAACGAAGGAGAGAUGGGUACAGUGUGUGGCAGCCGCAAGGGAGGUGUGUCCGACGGGGAGUGUGGAGGCCGUGUGUGUGGGUGUGGCGAGUAGGGGCGGGGAUGUUAAGUUCACGCUGACGGGGGUUUAA